UAUGACGCAGUAAUCUUUUUUUAUUUAUCUAAAUCGUUUUUGUUUCAGUUAUAAUAAUAUUGUACCUACUUGUUUUUAAAGUAUGUGCAAUUUGUGUUUACGAAUAUAACAAAAUUAAUUUUUUAUUAAUAUGCAUUAAUUUUUAAUUUAUUUUAAAUCGUAAAAGAUUAAAUUGCACGUUUUAAGUUAUACAAAUUAUAAACAAUACAAUAUAAAACAAUAAAAAUAAUAAUUGUAAUAAUAUUAUAAAAACAAUAACUUUAUAAAACAACAAUAAUAUGUUUUUUUAGAAGUUAAUUUAACAAUAUACCUGUUUACAAUUAUUAAUCGUACAGUGAAUAAAUGUUUAUUCCUAUAUUUGGUGUUAACUUAUGAAUAUUUUCGUAACUGACAACCGAAAAUGAAUAAUAUUUGAGAAGAAAUAGCGUGGAGAAUUAAUAAGGUCAUUUGGAUAUUGGUGUUCAUAAAUCAAAGAAAAAAAAACCUGCAUGUAAGACAUAAAGCAUUGAAGGCAUUAUUUAUUUUUAUUUUUUUUUUUUUUUUUGGGAUAGCAUACGAAUACUUUUCAAGAAGGAGACAAGGUUUUAUAUUAUUAUUAUAUUAUUCCUGUGAAGUGUUCGGUAGAAUAUUAAUGACAAUAGUAACAGUUAGCUACAUUUUCAGUUACUAAUAUAACCUUUCAGUAGUCAUAUGUACAAGAUACAACGAUAGCUGAACAUUAUACUUCAACAAGUAUAAAUUACUUCAAUAGAUCCAAUAAUUGUUUUAAAACACAUUGAGUAAGUCAAAUUUUAAAAAAAAUAAAUACGUUUAAGUGGAUCUUAAGGCUAUUUGAUUACCAUUUAUUAAAAUACCUAUAAAGUACCUGUAGUUUACCUUUUAUAAUAUAAUUUGUUAAAUAAUUAAUAUGCUACUCGUAUAAGAAUAUCGUGUAACAUUUAUACUUUAUUAUUUAGCAAUAUGUGCCUAUAAUAUAAUAUUUUUUAUGAAAAGAGGUGUAGUUAAAAGUUAUAUUUUUCAAUAGGUAAUAUUUGAAAUUCAAUUAUUUUUACCGAAUAAAUUACAAACACUAUUUGCACAAAUCACGAACAUCAAAAUAAUAUAAUUUUGCUCACGACUUCGUAUCAAAUUAUAUUUGUGUACAUCAAAAUGUAUUGUCUAAACAAAAAUAUUCUUUGGAAUAUCGAUUAUUUUUGGUUCACCACUUUAAAAAACGGUAAAACGUAACCAUUUUAUGUGUAUUAUUCAAUCGAAUUGAACGUUAAAUAGAUAUCUACACGUUUUAUAAAUAUUUGUUAUGUUUAAUACAGAAAUGCACCUUGGUAUGUGUAAUUAUAUAGCAAUGUUUGAUGUGAGGUAGCGUAAUGCUUUAUCGUAGGUAGGUACCUACCGAAUAUAAAAAUGUGAUAAACAUUACUUAUUAGGCAUUUGUUUUAUUUUUUGAUAGAGUCAUGCUGAUUAUUUAUUUUAAAUACAUAUUUUAUUAUAAGCUGCAGUUUGUACAUUAUCUCCAUAAAACUAAAUUAUGUUGAUUACAUGUAGAGAUAUUUUACAAACGUAAUAGUUCACUAUUAUUUAACACGUUGUUAUGGACAGGAAAACAAAUUAAUUAUUAGAAAUCACUCGUAGGUUGACGACGGAGUAAUAUGAUUCUAUAUGAUUUAUGCUUAAGGCCAAAGAACGAUAAUAGGUAGGUAGUGUUGUUAGCUGCCGUUCAUAAAAUCACGAAAAACAACAUGAAUCGAAUAGGUAGGUACCCACUUUUUUUUUUUUUAUAAUAGCUGUCGUACAUUUGUACACCGUGAUUGAUAUAAUAAUAUGUAUCUUUCCUCGAUCAUGUUCCUCAAUUCUAUUAUCAUUUGAACAAAUUGUGUAGAACGUAAUAAUUAUAGCCUUUUUAUUCCCGACUAUGAUUUUCGGCAAUUUAUUUACGUUAAAUGUAUGUAUCUAUAAAUUUUUCAAUGACUUUUGUGUGCUUGAAAUUCGUCAGAAUUAAAUCUGUAUUUAAUUACAAAAAUCGAUGUGUUUUAUAAAAACUGUAAUUACCUAUUAUAUUAAAACUUCAAUAAUAUUGGUAAAUUAUAAUUUAAAUAAAUAUAAAAUAUAUUUUCAGGUUCAUAAAAUAUAUUAUUAUACCUACAUAUACAUAAUAUUCGAUACAUUUAAAAAACUAAAAUGUUACAGUAUUAUAGAACCUUUAUUUAUUUAAGUUAUUUAUUUAAAAUUACCUAUACCUACAAACUAACGAGUUAUAAUUUGUUUAAAGAUAUUUUAUAACAAUAUCACUAUAAAAUAAGAUGUAAAAGUAUACCUAUAUCUAAAACAGUGUAUCUACAUACAAAUAUUUGAGUUCACUAAAUUAAUCAUUUUUCAAGAACUAAUAUUUUGAUAAGUAAUGUUUCAAUAAGUGCAUAUUAAUGGAAGUAAACAUACUAUUCAAGUAUAUAAAUUAGGUAGGUAUUUAAACCAAUACAACUUAUUUACUUAUAUUAAUUACAUAUUAUGCAAUAUGACUUUUAUAAUAUUAAAAAAAAAAAACGAAAACCGGGAGAUAAAACAAAUUAUCUUUUUCUUUAAUAUCGAAUUUCUAUUAUGUAAAUCAAAACUAAAUGGUGUAUUGUCUUUAUUCGUUUAAGAGAAAAUAUACAUUUUAAUUACGAUACCACAUUAAUAUUCAUGACCAAAAUAAUAAUAUUUAAUAAUUAGAUAGAUAUGAAAAAAAAUACAUUUCAAACCAAUUUCAUUUUUAUAUUUUGUAAAAAUUAAAAACUAAAAUUCACAAUGCAUUAAAGAACGAAAUAAAUAAAAAUAACUGAAAAUCGUAAAACUAAAUGAAAAUAUAAAAGAAAUCCAAGUACGAUAUAAUCAAUAAUAAUAUCAAAAUUUAAUAAAUAAAAAAAGAACAAUGUGGAAUCUUGGGAUUAAUAAAUUUAAAAUUUAAUAUCGGCAAUUAAUUACCGCAGUACAUUGCAUUUGAAGACUAAUGAAAAAGAGACAGUUACUUGAAGUGAAAAUUAAAAAUAAAAAUCCUUUUUGUGUUAUUUUCGUUUAAACCUCAUUAAAUCGUCAUUGGUGGAAAUACAUUUCCGAAAGAGUGAGCAAAAGUAAAAAAAAAACAUCUAGGGUGGCAGUAUAUUAUUAGCUUUCCUCGUUCACUACAUGAUGGAUAGCGUUAGUAGUGGACGAGACUCGAGAUAACAAACACAUAGGUAUUUUUAUAGUUGUCUAAAAUCUCAUGUUUUAUUUAUACCGAAUUUUAUUUUAUUAAAUAUUACAAUAUUGCCAUUAUAUUUAUAUUUAUAUAUUUAUUUUAGAAAAACAAAUAAACAUACCACCACAAAAUGAGUGUAACAACGAAAACUGAAAAUACUCGUAGUUUUACUAUCGCCCCGAUUAUUCCGACGGAUAAAGAUGUCGUGAUUAAGUUUUUGUUAAAAUUCUUUUUCCGGGACGAACCUUUAAAUAUAUCAAUGGAACUGAUGAAAGAAAAAGACCACCUACUUGGACACAUCGAAUGUCACUAUACCAAGUUAAUGGAUAAUGGUGAGUUAUAAAAAUAGUUUUGAACAAUAUUAUUAUAAUAAAACGCGUAAAUCGUAUUAUAAUAUUUUAAUUAAAAUAUUAUGUUUCACUGUAAAUAAAUUUGUACAUGCGUUUCCAAAUAAUAACACACAACUCAUAAUAUUAUUUAAUUUACAUGAAAAUAUCCAUGAAUAAUUUAUGCAUUUUACGGCACGUGGCACGGUUCAAAGCCAGUUAUUAUAUUUAUUUAUUAGGUAUAUACGCACACACAUAUAAUUGGAAUUAAUAUUUUAUAAUAAAAUAAUAAAGAAAAACAAAAUUAUUAAAAUGGUUAAUACUCAUAAAUAAAUAAAGUAAAUAAAUAUAUAAAUAAAAAAUGUAUACACAAAAAUAAAAUAAAAAAAUGAAACAAUACGUCGCCUGGAGUAUUAGACAAGUGUAUUAUACGACCGGUUUCGAAUUAAAAAUUCAUCAGGUAUAUCACAGUCAAAAUGUAAAACGCGACUGAAUAUAAAAAAUUAAAUGAAGGAAUACGUAGAAAAAAAAUUUACAAAUUGGUCGUUUUACAUAAAGUAUAGAAAUAAUUUAUUUUAAUAGGAGAGAUUAUUUAAAAUGUAGUAUUAUUAUAUCAUUACACUAUAUAUAUAUUAUUAUCUAAUUAUAUAAUUAUAUGUUAAAAAAUAUAAAUUAUUUGAUUAUUUAUUAUCUAAAAUGUAGUGAUAUAAGAUAUUAUUUUUAAAAUCGGUUUGAACAUUUAAAAUAUUGUUAAAAUUAUUUUUCUUUAUUUCAUUGUGUAUGUGUAAUUCUUCUAAAACUGAAUUAAUGUAAAUGUUAUUUUUGGUGUUUAAUAUUUCUUAGUCUAUAUUAAUAUCAAAAAUUAUACUAUUUUUAUUUUCUAAAACGUGUUUAACGAAAUUUGAACUAGGGGCAGUUUUUUUAAUUUUAUUUCCGAAAUGUGUUCUUAAUAAUCGUUUCUUAUCAUAAUUAUCAACACGAGCUCAAUAUUAUCUAUAAUAUUGCCCAUAGAAAUAAUUUCAAUUUAAAUACUAUUCAAAAAAUUCAUAAAUGUAUUAAAGAAAAAAUAACACACAAUUCAUCAAAUAAUGUUGUUAACUGUUGCAGUAUAAAAUAUCAAAAUAAUAUGUCUAACGAAUUCGUUCAAAUUCAGAACAAUAAUACAAAUAAUGUAAACAUCGCUUUUAAGACUAAUAAUAAUUUAAUUAAACAUAUAAACAAUAGAACACAACAUUUCACGAAAAAUCCCCCUUCUUUUGAAAAUGCUGGUAUAUAUAAACUUAAAUAUAACUGUUAGAAAUUUUAUAUAGGUAAGAUAAAUAGAAAUUUAAAAAUAAGAUUUAAACAACACAUUUCUGAAAUAAAAUUAAAAAAGAUUGCCCCUAAUACAAAAUUCGCUAAACAUGUCUUAGAAAAUAACCAUAAUAUAAGUUUUGAUAUUCAUACAGACUUAGAAUGGAAUAAAGGAAAAUAAUUUUAAUAAUAUUUUAAAUGUUCAAUAAGCAACCAUUAUAUGAAUUAAGUAAACAUAUGUUAGAGAAUAUAUUACAUAAGAAAAAUUACAUUUUAAAUAUUUGUCUACACAUUAUGUAUCAACACUUAUGAAUAAUGUUAAAAAAAAAAACAAGUUUAGCCGUUACAGUUAAAGUUAAUUGCGAGUUCUAAGUCUUUAAAAAUGGAAAUUAAAAUGUAUUAGGUGUCCACACACAUUUCACCCAAAUGAUAUGUACAAACUCGCCAUAACGAUAAAGUAUUUUGUGUUAUUCGCCCAAAAUAUGAAAAACCACUUUAUUUUUUAAUCCGUGUAAAAUGUAAAAUACAUUGCUGAUACACAUUAACGGCUCCACAUCAGUAAGUACAACGACCAAAGUUUAAAUUACCUACACAAUAACAUGUACGAUGUAUCUAACUAAUUAUUGUUGUUUUAUUUAAAAUUAUACGUCACCUAAUUUAAUUAUAAUUAGGCCUCAGAGAACCUAUAAUAUUAUACCGUACUGUAUGCAUAAUACAUUAAAUGUUAAAAGUUUUACCAGUAAAAAAGCCGACUUACAGAUGGCAACCUAAAAAGCUUUUUCUACGUACUUGUAUACAUAUCUAAUAAAAUUCAUAAAUAAAACAUGUAAAUUUAAUAUUCUACAGUUUAUAUCACUAAAGGUGCUUGCAUAUUUGCUAUACAGUCGUAUACAAUUUGUAAUGUGUGUGCGCGCGCGCCCGCUCUCGCGUAUGUGUGUGUAUGCGUUUUACUAUUUUUCCAAUUUGAGAGGGGGACGGUUUAAUUAAAAAUAAGUAAUUCUUUUUACGUCUAAGUAAACGAUUUGCAGUAAAACGUUAAACAAAUUCAAGCCAAGUAUUUUUUUUUUCUUGUAGCACUGAAAUAGCCACCAAAUGAAUAGUUUUUAGUGAACAUAAUAUAAUAUUAACAUGUCCUUUGAUUAAAUAUUUAAGUAUCAUUUAUACCGGUAGAAGUUGACAUUUUAUCCCGACCAACGAUUAUCCCUGCGAGUAAAUUUAAGUAAAUUCAAUCCUGAGUUUUUCAAUAGGUAUACCUAUAUUAUAUUAUAUUUACUCGUAUUCAAAAUAUAUUCAUAAAACUCUUCUUUUUUCUUAUUUAGUAUACAUAUAAAAUAAAUAUUAAUUUAGCGGCCCUUUUGUAAACAAAACAACAGCGUAUACAUAAAUUUACGAAUAAAUAUAAAUACAUAUAGGUAGGGUUAUAAAUAAAAUAUAUCAGUAAUUUUCGGAAUACAUAAAAUAUAAUAUAAAUUAUGAUAUAAGUACAUCCCAAAUGUGAAAUAUGAAAUAAUUUAAAGGGGUACACACCUAAGCACUAUAAUAAAUCAAAUAUGCCUACAGGAUGCGUAUAGUUAAGUGUGAUUCCGUGUUAUUUUUUUUAUACAGUCAUAUUUUAAUGCGUGUUUUCUGUUUCGGUCAAAAAUAUGACAACUAAAAUGAAUAGGAAAUUAAAUUAAGCACUUCGAGCGGUGAUAUAAUCAAUUGUGAACAAGGUCGAGUUGAAACGAUAAUAGAGACGCACUGACUUGUCGCCAUGGCGACCCGGAAAUGAAAAAAAAAUAAUUCCUUAGUCCCGGAAAGUUCUAAGGGCGGUAGUUUCACGCUUCUGAUCACCGAAUUAUACUCUCGAGAUUCUAUUCCUUAAACCGUUUUCACAGACGCCACGACAAGUAUAACAUUAAGGUAAUAUUCAUCGAUUACGGUUUUUUUUCUUCUUAUUUUUUUUAUUUACAUAAAGCACGUAUUAAAUUUAAAAAUCGUUAUUUAUCAAAAAAAAAAAAAAUAAAACUGAAUUAUUUAUUUAUCUCUUAUUACAAGUGUAGGUUCCAGUAUAAAAUGUAUAUAUUAUUUUAAAUAAAACAGUUACUUGAAAUCUUUUAUUAUAUAUAUAACGCGAAAUAUAUUACGUUUACUUAUCAGUUUUUUUUUUUUUGAUAUCUAUGCGAUUGGGUGUGGCGAAGUACAAAAAAAAGACGCAUUCAUUAAUAUCAAUAAUAUAUACAUAAAUAAUUGCAUUUAUUAACAUUCGUAAAAUAUCUGUUGUAACUAAUAAGCGAAUUUAUUAAAUUAAUACGAAAUAUGAUCAUAGUAUUAAUAAUACUUAUGAUUAUUUUAAACCUUAAUUAGGAAUGUAUUUAUUUAUUUCUUGUGGGUAUAUUUUUCUGAAAUAUAAGUCAAAUUUAAUUAAAUAGUAUCAAUUUACUAUUAUAGUAACAUUAUAAAAACCAAAAAUUCGUUAUUACAUUAGUACUGCAUCUAUACUAUAAUAGUUUAAUCAAUCGUUGUUAAUAAUAAAUAAGUUUAAAAAAAUAUUAAAUUUUCAGACGUAAAUUAUUCAAAAAUCGUAGAAAAAUGAGUGAGGUCAACAAAUACGCUUUCAGCGUACUCCCAACCACUGCUGAAGAUAAACAAGAUGUCAUUGCGUUUUUAAGGAAAUUUUUCUUCCGCGAUGAGCCUCUUAUUUUGGGUAUAGAUAUGCUGGAAGAUAUCGAUUCAUUAGAAAAACUCGAAACCUACUGUUAUAAUUUUGUGGACAAUGGUGAGCUCAAAUUUAAAAUAUAAUACGCUGUAGACUUUCUAAACUAUUAUAAUAUAGCUUUUAUAAAUCAAUGAGCUUAUAUUAGUUUUGAAUUUUUAAUAACGAUUUAUGCAUUGUUUCACUUAUUUUCAAAAUAUUCCCACACUCACAAUCGUUUGAUUGUUUUAACCGAGCACCGAAUAAUCACAUAGUAACUAAAACCAAAAUUAAAUUAAAUUUUACUUAAAAUAUUUAUGUAGAUAUAUCUAAUCGUCAGCUAGUUUUAAUCCAACUCGUGUUAUUUUUUACACAUUUUUAUCAAUUGCUCAUAAAAUUGUUAACAUGUACAAUUAAAAUGUCUUAAAAAUGCUAAAUAAAAAAUGUAUAAGUUUUAUUUUUAAGAUGCUUGCGCGUGACCUUUUUUUUUUUGUUCAAAACAUGGUUUAUAGGGUGAAUCUGCUACCACAAAAAGACAUCCGAUUUGAUUUUUUUUUUUUUUUAUUAGAAAGAGGACAACAUCUUACAGAGCGCAUUUUACUUUUAAUUUGAUUAUGUUACCGAAAAGGCAAAAUAAAAAAGUUAAAAAAUAGCCAAAAAUGUAUGAUACUCCAACACUAAUAAAUUAUAGAUUUUAGAAAUGUAAUUAUAUAAUUCUUUAAUAUUCAUCAAAAUAACAAAAAUACAGACCACGCAUAGUUCUCUAAGUUAAAAAUUCAUCCUGGUUAAAUAUGUCUACGGUGGCUAUUUUAUGUGCUAUAUGAUACAUUAUUAUUUCUGCGAGUGAUAAUAAUAUAAUAGUAUAUUUUAGAUUUUGUGUGGAGUCAGGAAUGUAUUGGUUUUACAAUGAUGUUGAUUUUUUUCCCCUUUUAAAACAUGUAUAACCGAACUCCGCUCAGAAUUGUUUUUCGUUAGCAAAGGAUAAUCGUUGUGUACAGAUAUAAAUUAAAUUUCCCUCCACCUUCCCAACUUCUUAUUUACAACAGUAGCCUACCUAUUGUGUGAAGUAUGUCUGUAUAGUUAUUAGUUAUUAAUUAAAACAAGUAGUUUACCAAAUAUAGAUCUUAAAAUUGAAAACGUUUUUACUACAAAACAAAAUAAACGAUACAUUUCGAUUGAAAAUGUUUAAUUAUACAUAUGGAAUUCACGGAAAGUUCCAAGUACAUCAAAAUGAAAGGGAAAAUGGAUUGUUAAAAGUCACCCAAACAAACUACAUUAUUUUAAAAUCACUCGCCCAAACGCAUUGUGAAAAAUUGCAUUGUGUUGUGCAAUUUUUCACAAACCAUCCGUUAAUAAUUUAUUAUACAAGUAGGUAUACCUACUUAACUUAAUUAAAUUUGUAUUUAUUUAUGAUUUGUAUCUACUAGACAUCCAUUAAUCGCGUCUACCUCCUCCUUCUAUAUUUCAAGAUCAAGUAUCCCUAAUCUCUUUCGGGUAUAAAAAGUAUAUUAUAACCUCCUGGUACUGAUAAGGAAUCAAACAAAAAAAAGAUUGAUAUAGGUAAAGUUAUUCUCAAGAUUUUUGAUUAUACAAAUACGUGGUAAGAUCGAGAAUGGAAGUUAAAACAUUCUAUAUUCCAUGGGCUUAUCCUCGACAAUAAUACUAUUAAAUUUGUAGGCGUAUCUAUUAUUUAAUGUCCUGUGAACAUAUAAAAUGUGAGCAUAACAAUGGUUGAGGAGGGGCUUGAAAGUUGAAACUCUCAAAAGUCACAUACUUGAUCCUUACACCAUACAUAUAUUUAGGGAAGGAGCAAGUAAGGGUAUUUAAAGCUUAAAACACCCUCCCCCUGCAAAAUAAUGGUGAAAUUCAUAUUGAAAUCGAAACAACAUUAAUACACCUAGAAAAAAAAAAAACUCUUAUUUCCGAAUUUAAGCACAUUUGGUCUAGAGGAAAACGCUAACAAAAGUAGUAAGAAAAAGAAAUAUAAGUAUAAUAUUAUAUUAUAACAGACACAAUACAUUAAUGCAAUCAAUAGUCUUUCUUUUCAAAGAACAUAUUUUGACAAAUUUCCUAACAAAAAUAAUGCAUUCGAAUAAAUAUCGUCAAACAAACUGUUAAAAACAAAAAAUUAAUUUGAAUGUCAUUUAUUGCGUAUUUGAUAAGUUUAUGUAAAAUAAUUGUAUAUUUCGUACAAAUAUAAAAGUAAUACAGUUGUUAUUCAGUAAUAAUAAAUCAUUAACAAAGUGAAUUUUAUUUCGACGUUUAAUUGUGCACUUUUCAAACAUCAAAAUUCGAAUUCACGGAAAAAUAUGUACAACUAAAUGCUUAAUAAAUCCUAUUUUAAAAUUUAGGACUGGCAUUCAAAGCAGUAUCUCCAAAUGGAGACAUAGUGGGUAUCGUUUUAAAUAGUCUAACUGUCAGAAACGAUAACAAUGAAGAAAAAAUCGAAGACGAAAACGGUCCCGAUGAUAACACCAAAUUUAAGACAAUCGGCACAUUUUUAGAUAAAGUCGAACGAGAAGCAGACGUGUUUACAAAAUAUCCCAACGUAGAUCGUUUAAUAGAUAUAAAAAUAAUUUCAGUGGAUGAAUCAUGCAGAGGGCAAGGCAUAUGCAAAGCUCUCAUUGAUAAAACCAAGUAAGCCAAUAAGUAUACCUUUACAUACACAAUAGAUAUAAUUAUUACGAGUACUUUAUUUAGUGCGAGUUAAUUAGUACGAGUAUAUUAUAUUAUAAUUGUCUACAAUUUCUAUUUUACAAAAACUAUAGGCUGUAUCUGAAUUCCGAGGAGAAAAUGCACGGGCGUUCUGUUUAUUAAAAUAUAAUAUCUGUUUAGACUCAUGAUUUGCUUGUGAUAUUCUAUCCAUCGAAUUAUAAAUGUAACUAAAAUGCCGUAGGUAACUAACCUAUAUCGUAAAGUCUUUACGUAAAAUGUGAUAUUGAAUUCGUGAAGCAAAGUAUAAUUUAAUUUACCUAAAAUCUGUAGGUGCAAUAUUUAUACACGUACGAUUAGUAUUAUUGUAUUAAUCUGAUAGUUUAUCAAUAAACAAUAUAUUAUUAAUAACAUGUAUAUUAUUUAUGUUUUACCGCAUAAUAUUAAUGAAAAAUUGUAAUUCGGAACUAAAUGCCGUUUCAUUUUCAGGGAGUUAGCUUUGGAAAACGAAUGCAACAUGGUUUAUGUGGAGUGCAGCAGUUAUUAUUCGGCCAAAGCUGCAGAGAGACUUGGUUUUGAGUGCAUAUAUACUUUAUAUUUUCGAGAUUAUGUCGACGAAAAUGGUGAAAUUAUAUUUAAAACUCCUCCUCCUCACGAUUCUUCUAAAGUCUAUGUAUUGAAUUUGUAAAACUAUAACAUAUUGAAUUGCAUAAUCCAUAAAAAGUAUAAUUACUAAUAACCGCCAAUCGCCAAAAAAAAAAAAAAAAUAUAUUUAUAUAAAAUAUACAUGGUGUCCCACAAUGGGUAUCCAUUACAAUAUUUCCUGAGAUAAUAAAGAUAGUCAAAUUAUGGAUUUUUUUAUUUAUAUAUUGAUCGCAGGGAUGAGGACUACAAAUAUUUAUAUUUCAAUUAAAUUUUUAUGUUUUGGUAAAAAACUAAUAAUAAACUCUACACAAUUUUGAUUUCCAAAAUUUUUCAAAAAUAAUAAAAUAAAGUUAUUUUUUUAGUUUUUUUACCCAAACAUAAAAAUUUAAUUGAAGUAUAAAUAUGUGUAAUUUUCAUCCUUGCGAGUAAUAUAAAAACAAAAUUUGAUAAUUUUUAUUAUCUCCAGAGAUAUUACAAUGGAUACAUCUUCAUGGGACACUCUGUAUACAUUAUAAGUUACUUACCUGUGUAAUAUAUAAAUAUAUACAAAUGCUGUUAUAUCCACUUAUUUAAAUAUUAUAAUAUAAGCAUAAUAUUAUACAUAUAUCUCUAAAAUAAAAAUAAGAAUACAACUAUAAUUCAUAAUAUUACUAUUAUUAUUAACUACCUAUUUAUUGUUAUUUUAAAGCUUAUUUACUAUAUAAAUUAUGCAUUUAAUCACAAGGAUUAAGCACUUAGGUCAAUUUUUUUUGUUUAUAUAAUUUUCUUAUUUCAACACUAUUCAACAAUUUUCUAUAAUUUUCGCAAUUUUUUUCUGAAAUUGAUCUAAGCUCUCCUUCCUUGGGACCAAAGAUAUAUCUAUUAUAUACCUGAUAUAUUAUUUUUAAGCUUGCUAUUGUAUUUAACAAAUAUUUAUAAAUGGAAACCAUAUUGCUUUAAAAUUAUACAAAUUUAAUUUAUUCAAUAUACCUGAGUAUUAACUGUACUGAUUUUCAAUUUUUAAUUAAUUGUAUUUUAGUUUCUUAAACAUUAGCAGUUUAGUUCAUACUUAUAUAUAUCAUAUAAGUAAUAUGUAUUAGAAUACA